AUCAAAUAUGGCCUCUAGGUCUCUUUUCAAGCUCCUCCUCCCUCUACCCCUUGUAUUUGUUUUAUCAGUCAUGGCCACUGCUCAGGGCUUGAAGGUAGGGUUCUAUGAGAAAACCUGCCCCCAAGCCGAAGCCAUCAUAUACGAGGAGAUGACAGAGGUUAUGUCGGUUGCCCCAAGCCUCGCAGGCCCAUUGCUCAGGAUGCAUUUCCAUGAUUGCUUCGUAAAGGGAUGUGAUGCGUCGCUCCUACUAAACAGAACAGGGAGCGUCCCUGCGGAAAAGGAUUCACCGCCGAACCUUAGCCUAAGGGGCUAUAGCACAAUUGAUCGCGUCAAAGCAAGGUUAGAACAGGCUUGCCCUGGGAUUGUAUCGUGUGCGGACGUUGUGGCCCUAGUUGCCAGAGAUGUAGUUCGUCUGGCGAAAGGACCAUAUUACAAUAUACCCACAGGGCGGAGAGAUGGAAACCGAUCUGAUAUCCGUGAUACCCUAGGAAACUUACCACCCAGUAUCUUCAACUUCCAACAACUGGUCACUAUGUUUUCAUCCAAGGGGCUGAGCGUCAAAGAUCUCGUUGUCCUAUCAGGCGGUCACACUAUCGGUACCUCACACUGCUCAGCAUUCUCAAACCGACUCUACAACUUCACUGGAAAAGGUGACACUGAUCCAAGUAUUGACAGCGAGUAUGUGCCGAAGCUGAAGAGCAAAUGCAAGCCGAAUGACGUGAACACCUUGGUAGAAAUGGACCCCGGGAGCUUUAAGACGUUCGAUUCGAGCUAUUACAAGCUUAUAGCAAAGAGGAGGUCUCUCUUCACAUCCGAUGGUAGUCUCCGCUCAAAUCCAGCGGCGUUUGCAUUGGUCAUGCGCCUUGCAAAUAAUCAGGCGGAGUUUUUCAAGGAGUUUGGGGUUUCAAUGGUGAAUAUGGGGAACAUUGAAGUUCUUACAGGCACCCAGGGUGAGAUAAGGAAGACGUGUACACUUGUGAACUAAUACGUAUGAUCUCUGUAUGCACUUUUCAUCGGGGGUGAUCUUUUGUAAUAGCAUUAAUUGAGGCUGGGUUUGUUUUUAACGGUAAAGAGAGAGCUUCUCAAUGUUUGAUUAGGCUUUCUUUCGUAAUUUUGUAUUUGUUAAUUAUCUGUAUUGUACUCAUUUAUAAUAUGAAUGAAGA